UUCAAUAGGUUUUGUAUUCCCAAAGGAAGAAGAAAGGUAAGAAACAAAGGAAAAAAUAGAGUAAUAAAUUAGAACAGCUGAGCAAAAUUCCAUAUGUUUCUGGUCCCAUGUGAGCCUCCCUCGAACCCCGCAUCCACCAUUUCCCCACCCUUUUGCAAUUCCCCUCUCAUUUCCCCCUUUUUCUUCAGCACCUUAAAACAGACAACACUGGUUUUCCAGUUUGUGGAAUGCAGCAAUUGUCCUUUUUCAACCUACUGAAGUCUUGUGGGUCUUUUUAUUUCUGCCUCCAACCAUGCUAUUCUCACCACAACAGUUGUGGGUAUGUUUAAUUGAUUCUAGGUUCAAAAGAAAAAGAGAAGCUUGUACUUGUAAUCAUGUUUCAUGAUUGAAAGUGUGUGAUUCUUAGAGAAACAAAAGUGGGUUUCUUUUUUUACUUUUAUUUUAAUGUAGUGGGAGUUUUUCUUCUGUCAUUGGUAUUAAAAGUUCGAUAAUCUUGAAGCUGUUCUUUUUCUUGAUUUCUUGAUGAUGUAGUAGUGUUUUCUUUCCCUGUAAGUUGUGGUUAAGAUUCAUCAUAUGGUUAAUUGCUGGUAAGAACUGUAUACUGGGAAGUGGGAGGAUUUUGAAGCUACUUUUGUUUCUUUGCUUGUGACAAUUUGAGGUUGUUUGUUUUGUGUUCUCUUUGUGAAAUGGGAGAUUCUCUGUUUCUUGUGUUUUGCGAAGAGUAGUAGAAGAAGUAGUUGGAAAGUUCGGUUGCCUGAUGUAAUUGUGAGGAGGAAGAUGAAAUCUCUAAGUAGUGUAGGACUUGGCUUGAGUGUGAUAUUUGGUUGUCUUUUCUUGGCUCUUGUUGCUGAGCUUUAUUAUCUGUUAUGGUGGAAGAAGAGAUUCACGGACAGAGAUGUCGAGAAUGAUUAUAGUAGUCCAGCUAGAGAGCUCUUUUACAUGUUUUGUUGGAAAAGGUCAUCUUCUUUGAGCCACACAGCUUUGAAUCCUCAAGAUCUAAGUUCAUCAGUAAGAUUUUCAGAAACAAUGAUUCAUGGAGCUGAAGGGCAAUUUAAUAUGCACACUAACAGUGAUUUCUUACUGAAACCCUUUGGAGAAGAUGGCAUAGAGACAGAGUUUAUGAGGCUUCAAAGUCUCUCAGGGCCACCAAGAUUUCUCUUCACCAUAAUAGAAGAAACCAAGGAAGAUUUAGAAUCUGAAGAUGGUAAAUCCAAAGUAGAUAAGAAUGGGAAAGAAUCAAAAAGUAGGAGUUUGAGUGAUUUGCUUCUUACUGUGGAGACUCCAUACUUGACUCCAUUAGCUUCUCCAACUCUUUUUACACCACCUCUUACUCCUGCAGAUUCUUAUAAACCCCAUGGAUUCAAUCCUCUCUUUGAAUCAGCUUCAGAUGCAGAGUUUAACAAGUUAAGGUCAUCUCCACCUCCAAAAUUCAAAUUUCUACAAGAAGCAGAGGAGAAACUGAAGAGGAAGUUACUUGAAGCAGCUGAGAAAGGGGUUCAUGAUAAUCCCAAAGAGUUUGUUGAAGAUUCAGGAACUACGGCUUCCACGGAGAAGUUACUUAAAGAUGAAGAGGACUAUGACAAAUCUUAUAUUACAAUUGUUGUUGACAGCAACCAAGAUAUGGAGCUGAAUCACCAUUAUCAUCAAUGUACAACGCAACAGUAUCAUUCAAGCACUUCUUCACAGGUACUUCCUUUGCCAUCUUCACCUUCAACCUUCAGUUCAUCAAUCAACAAGAAGCCAAUCUAACCAUUAGGAUUGAUUCACCAAAGUUGAAAUGGGUAUUUAUUUUUUUUUUAAUUUUUAAACUUUAACCCCCUUCUUUGUUGGGUUAAACUUGUUGGUUUGAAGUGCUGUUAAGAGUGAGAGUUUGUAGGCUAAGCUAAUCUUGGUGCAUUGCAAUUACCUUUUUUGACUUUAUCUUAAAAAUUUGUCUGAAAAAUGAUGUUGAGAAAUGGGAGGUGGGGCUGAUGCAAGUUGGUGGAUGGACUUGAGGGGAUAUUUGUUUUAUUCAAUCUCCAUGUCUCCUAAGCUUGUCUCAUACCUAUUAAGUCUUCUUGUGACCGAUGGUAAUGCUGAAACUUUGGGGUAGAAGGGAGCUUUGUAAAAUCCUUUUCUUCUUUUGAAUUUAACGCUCUUUUACUGUA